UUAUAGACGAUAAAACCAAUCCAUUGGUAACUAUAAGUAUAUUAGUACCAAUGUUUGUAUUCUCAGAAAUGAGUUAUCCCUAGCCAGCUAUUGUGAGAUCAGCCUCCACCCUUCGUUAUCCUGCAUAUAACCCUCAUCUGGCGGCGUUAAAAAUCUCCAUCAAGACGCUAACACACUUCUACGGGUACCAUCUUCUAGUAGCCAUGUCCGUCAAUGUCACAUAUGGCCUUAGAAGCGUCAAGGUAAAGACCACACCCUCUCAGAACUUAAACGAUGUCUUAGUCCGCGCCUGCGAAUCAUUUAAGUUGGAUCCAUCGCGAUUUGAUCUCAAACACAAAACCAAGUUAGAUUUGUCGUUACCGUUCCGAUUGUCUGGAUUGACCGCUGGCGCCAAAGUGGACCUUGUGCCACGCACCACCGUUCUGGGCGAUGUUUCCAUCAAACUCCAGUUGCAAUACCCACCGUCUGCCCAGCAAACCGUCGAUGCCGCCCAGUUGGUUAAAAAGUUUCCUGGUUCUACCAGGAUUGAAGACGUAUUGAGGCGUUAUGAAGCGGAGCUUCAGGUGCCGAUUAUAGUGGUGACCGAUGCCACUGGUGGGUUUGAGCCCAGCUUGCAGACCAUGUCACGGACGAUCCAAAAAGCGGAGUUCGGACAGACGUUACUGGCGAUGGGGAUCACCGGGGCGAGCUCGAUCCGUGUGUCCUUCCGCAGGACCGUUUCCUUGGAAGAACAGCGGGCUGCACUGCAGAAACAUUCCCAGGAGCAGGAAGCGAUCAAUGUCAGACAGCAAAAUGUGCAAGCGGAGUACUUGAAGAAAAAGAGGGAGGUGGAAGAGUUAAGGGAGGUGGAAGAAAGGAGACUAAGGGAGGUGGAAGAAAGAAGGCUAAAGGAGGUGGAAGAAAAAGAGGUUAGUGAUGAGCAGAAGACGCGAGGAGUCUUGGAGGAAGGAAGAGGAGCAGGGGUGAAGGGGGUUGAUGAAGCAAAUACCUCUGCAACGUCCCAAAAAGCCGAAAAGUCAACUUCCCAACCGAUUGACGUGAAUAUUGAUGCCAAUUCCAUGGAAGUGGAUACCCCCGAAAAGCUCCUGGGGCCAAUAAUUUUCAAGCCCUCACCUACCCCUCUCCAAAUCUACGACCACCCCGAGGCAGCCUACGAUAUGACCGUCUCACAGGCCAAAAAGUAUCAGGCGCUCAUCGCACUGAAGGCCCAUCCGGUACCUGCAAAGUUGAGACAGCGGCCAGUUGCCAAGGCUUUUGCUGAAUGCGACAUCAGAGUCAAAUUUCCCGAUGGUGACACGUUGCAGGUAUCGCUCAAGCCGACCCAACCCCUUGUGGACUUGUUCCACGCUGUUAACCAGCUCCUUAUCAACCCCCGCCUCGAGUACAAGCUCUGUUUAUCGUUUCCGCAUACUGAGCUCAAGGACCUGGUGUUUGUUUCGUUGCUUGAGGCCGGAUUUGGCCCCCGCACCAUGGUUAGGUUCGAAGUUGACGUGUUGCAGAAGGGCCCAUUCUUGAAGGAAACCGGUCACGAGGUUCCGGUGACCGUGAUGGGUAUCCAGGAGGCGGAUGACGUAAAGUUAGAGGCUCAAAGAUCCCAGAUGGUGGAUGAGGUGGAGAUGAAGGAAAGCAGUAUUUCGGGAGGUAAGCUUGGGAAGACCAACGGUGUGAGUGGGGGCAAAACCGGAGUUGCCAAGUUUCUCAGGCUUGGGAAGUGAAAUUAUAGAAUACGUUGUGAUUUGUCUGAAUUUAUAUGGCAUGCAAAGGACCUUAUCGAUGUAUUUAAAAUGAUUCAAUAAGUACAAAUAUAACGUAAGCACCGUUGAUCUGGAAUAUUUAUCUAUGUUACAUUUACCCUCACCUUAUAACUGCAGGUUCUCAUACAUAUCAUGACAUUAAAUCAUACCUAAUUACAAGCUUAUGGGUUCUGCUUGACAAAGUUGACACCCUUGGCGAUGUUGUCAACCAAAGUUUCCUUGGCAACCUUGACCAAGGCUUCCUCAGCAUUGGACAACUCACCCAAGGCGUGAAUCUUGGCAACACCC